AUGGCGACGAGCGCGUCCAACACCCAGCGCGACAUCACUGGUAAGCUCGUCAUCCAGUCAUUCGCAGCUGACAUCAGUCCCGCCGGGACUCCUCGCCUCCGAUGUACGAGACGAGCAAGGGUAGUGCGAAGAGGUGAGUUCAUGCUUUCUACCGACAAAUGCAUCAAGUCAGUGGUGUUCGGCGACACGGAAAAUCUCUGGGAGGUGCUGUGGUACCCUAACUCCGGCGUGCAGGGAGGUGAAUUCGCGAGUCUGUACUUGUCGUGUGUCCAGGAGCGUGAGCAGGGCAUCAACGGCAAAUGGACCCGCAAGGGGUUGUGGCUGUUCCGCUUCGACGUGAAGGUGAUGGACGAGCGGACGAACAAGAUGCAGACGCUUUGCUAUAAGGAGGCGUCGGACCACACGUUUGCGGUCAAGACGGCCAACUGGGGCUGGCAGCAGUUCGUCAAGCGCGACCACCUGUUCCUGCACCCUAGCGUGGUCGCGAACGACACCUUUACCAUCGUGUGCACCAUCUCGGGACAAUCUCUCCCGCCGCUCGGCUACCGCCUCGGCAUGGCGCCCCCGCGCCAGAGCGGCUGCACGUCUUCUGAGGCGGCGAUCGACACUGGCGCGUCUGGAGGACCGAAGCGUAUUGUACCCCGUGACCUCGUUUCCGCUGUUGGUGACAUGUUUGAUGACCCAUGUGAGCUUUCUUGUGUGGAUAUCGAGCUGACAGCAGUGUACUCUGACAUCGAGUUCGAUGACCUGGACGAUCUGCUGGAUACGCUGUCGGACUCGGACGUCGAGGACGAGGCGAUGAACAACGUGAACUCGCUGUUCUCCUCGACAACAACGCGAGAUGAGCCGCUGGCGGACAUGAGUCAGAGGAUUCAGCCGGAUAUCCACUUUGCGGAGGGCGCACCGCCGGUAAACCCUGCCGAGAUCGAAAGCGAGCACGGGCUCGGCAGCGCCGACAGCGUGCUCAGCGAUGAGGAUAUGGAGACAAGGUCGCAGAGCAUGGCCGAGGGCGACGACGACAUGGCUGAGGAGAGCCACGAGGCCGCACCCCGCAUGCCAGUCCGUCGCAUAUCGCGCAAGCGUAUGCGAGAGCGCGACGAGGCCGCCGUGAUCGGGCCGAAGAAAACACGGGUUGUGGUCAAGGAUGCGGCAUGGAGCACAUGGUGGGCGAUUCUCUACUGGUGGCUUUUGGAGAGGGGCAUGCGCGAGGGCGAGGGAGCGACCGGGCCGCGCCCCGUGAGCGCCAAGUCCGUGUACCGCCUCGCAGACAAACUGGAUCUGCCGGCGCUCAAGAUGCGUGCAUUCCAGCACAUCUGCUCCCAGCUUACCUCCCUGAAUAUCCCUGCGGAGGUGUUCUCGCGUUUCAGCUCGACCUUCGACGAUGUCCGCAAGCAUUGGGGCGAGAUCAAGAAGUCGGACACAAUGCAGAAUAUCUGGAAGCAGAUUCGUGGUGGCAAGCAUGUCGGCUUCGAGGAGGCUUCGUACGCCGAGGGACGAUUCACUGGAAACGCAGCGAGGUUCCCACACAAGCUCACGCUUCACGGUUCACUCGACAUCACUGACGACAGCAUGACGGUGGCUACAUCAUCUUGUCUCGUCUCGGCACGACGAUUGAGCGGACUGAAGCUCAGGAACGAGAUCAGGAAGGUCCGCCUGCUGGAGCCUGAAGACGCCAAGGGGAAAGCAAGAAGGGGAGCAAGGAGUCGGAGGGACCGGCGUCUCGUCCAGGCACCACUCGAACUCUGGUGGUGGUUCCUGCGUUCCUAUGCUGGGCGACCUCCUGCGAGUCCUGCCGUUCCCGACUACAGCUCUUGUCUCAUCCUCUCUGUGCAUGGAUGCUCGGAUCACGGAGCUCUCGACACGAGCCGUUCGACUACAGUUUCUGCCGAACCGACCAUGGCGCCUAGGCCGUCAUCGCCGAGCCCGCUGGUGAAGGGGCCGAGGAAGAGCGCUCCCGCCAGCACAAGUGCUGGCUCCAACGGCACUGAGGAGAACAAGCUCAAGAAGGCGCUCAAGUAUCCGAAACGCAAGGCUGUUGACGUCAAGCGCUCGCUCAGCCAGACCCACCUCCCGACUUCGUCAACGACCUCCCUUCGUUCUAACCCCACAUCUUCCGCCCGUCCGUCGUCUCACCGCCCCUCGGCGUCCGCCUCGUCUUUUGUCAUUCCGUCCGCCCGUGGGUCCGUCGCCUCUGAACCGCCCACUCGUAUCCCGUCCAAGCUGAGGAAGAAGUCGGGCGAUCUGCGGCGCGAGAAGAGCAUCGAAUUGAAGGAGAAGCGGAGUUCCGGAUUCGCGCGGGUGUUGGGACGGAAUAAGAGCGUCGAUGUGCUCUCCUCGACUGCCAAGCCAGAACAGAAGAGGCAGAUCUCCCAAACCAUCGUCGACUUCAACUCCGCCCACCCCUCCUCUCAGCCUUCCUCCUCGCGCCCCUCACCUCCGCUCGGAGCAAGCAGCCGCUCGUCCGUCUUCUCGAACCACGGCUCGCAUACUGGCGGCCUUGGCGAGCCAUGGGUCGAGCGCAGCAGUAUGGACGAGCCGGGCGUGCUCGGCUCUCCUGUGUCUUUCUCGCCGUCUCUGCCGAGUCUCGCUUCUCCGCCACGCAAGCUGAUCCCGCGAGAGGCGCGCGGCUCCAUGUCUCCCAACAAACGCCAGAGUUUCACGGACACGGCAUCAGUGCUGUCAUCACCCGGAAUGGGACGGCCGGGACGACAAGUCAGCGUCAAGAUCGUGGACGCACCCGGUCACGAACCGGUCAGCAUGGCGGAGUUCUUUGCCAAUGACUCCGACUUCUCUGACUCUGAGGACGAGGCGGAGCCGACUGCUCAGCGCGAGCCCAGGCGGCAGCCGUCCCAGGCCAGCGUGUCGAGCAAGGGUAGCAAGGGCCGCAUGCGCCGUAUCUCGUCUGGAUUCAGCAAGCUGAACAAGAGCCUGCACGACCUCGGUACCGGCGGCGGAAGCGGAGGUAGCGGUGACAGGGAGAAGGACGCGAGCCUUGCGAGCAGGUUCAACAAGAGCCUGCACAACCUCGCCGACAACUAUAUCGUGAAGCCCGAGAAGAGCGACCGCACCCGAGAGUCGAGUCCACCCUUCGAGCUCCAGCCCGCCUCAGUCGCAGGCAGCAGCAACAGCAGUCUCCACCCGACCACCCCGCCACGGAAAGGACCGAGACGAAGCGCUUCGCUCAUGACAAAGUUCAACAAGUCACUCCACGAUCUGGCUGAUACGCUGAAACCGGAAGAGAUCCCAGAGUACGAAGGGGGAGCGAAGGUCUCCCGCCGUCACUCCUACAUCCCGCGUCUCGUGCGGAGUCUCUCGCGCAAUCCCUCGCAUGCGUCGACGGGAUCGCUCAGCCCCGCCCACUCGGCACUCGUGCCCCCGAGCCCUGGGGAGAGUUAUUCGGCGCAGUCGUCCAUUAUGCUCGAGUCUGAGCCGAGUCUCCAGUUCGAGCCCCUCGUCGAGGAGCCCGAGCCAGCUGAGAUCACUGAGCAGGCUGGGGGCGAGGAUGCCAGCGCCACGGAACCUCCCGUUUCUAUGGUCCCUACGUCGCCUAGAACGCCCGACGGCAAGCCCGUGACAACUCCGUCUUCUCCUCUCCACUCCCUCCCGCCAGUCUCGCCCCGCUUCGCCUCUCCUGCGUCGCACACUCACGCGCGAACGCCAAGUUCGCCAGGACGUACGCACGACUCGCUGGGCAUCGACUUUGGCGUCCUGCUUGCCGAGGGCCGAGCCAGCACCGAAGUCGAGAUCGGUCACGGCGACGACGUCCCGCGCCCAACUGUCAGGCGUGGACGCGGGUACACGCUUAGCAAGAGCGAUGCGCCCUUCUCAGCUGAGGAGGCGGAGCACGGCGAGCUGGAAAGGCUCUCGGGCCGCGUGCUCAGCAAGGAGGAGGCGAGGCGGAGUAUCGUGGCGGAGUAUCGUCUCCGUCGCGGCUAG